GUCUAUGAGCGUGGAGUAGAACUAUUCAAUUAUCCCAUUGCAUUCGAGAUUUGGAAUGUAUACUUAACAAGGUUUAUUAACCGGUCUGGAGGUUCCAAGCUAGAACGCGCUAGAGAUCUGUUUGAACAAGCACUUGAAAAAUGUCCUCCUAAAUACGCUAAACCAUUAUAUCUUAUGUAUGGUAAAUUAGAAGAGGAUUAUGGCUUAGCACGACACGCGAUGCGUAUUUAUGAUCGUGCAACUAGAUCAGUAUCUGAUGAGGAUCGAUCUGAGAUGUUUAACUUUUAUAUCGCCAAAGCUAGUGCCAAUUUUGGUGUAACAUAUACUCGUGAAAUUUACGAGAGAGCAAUUGAAGUUUUACCUGACAAAGAAGCCAAAGAUAUGUGUUUGAAGUAUGCUGAAUUAGAACGUAAAUUGGGAGAAAUUGAUAGAGCAAGAGCGUUAUAUGCCCAUGCAUCUCAAUUUUGCGAUCCAAGGACGGUACCAUCAUUCUGGCAAACGUGGCGUGAAUUUGAAGUUAAACAUGGUAACGAAGAUACAUUUAAAGAAAUGCUUCGAAUCAAGAGAAGUGUAUUAGCUCAAUAUAACACCGAGGUUAAUUUCAUAUCUUCUCAAAUACUUGCUACUAGACAAG